AUGCCUUACCCCGAGUCGCAUUAUCUCAGCCCUAUCUGGCGAGAUGACCUGUUCAAGGGACGUGUCGUCUUUGUAACUGGCGGCGCCGGGACCAUCUGUAGUAUGCAGACUAGGGCGUUGGUCCGUCUAGGUGCCAACGCGUGCAUCAUUGGGCGAAACGUUGAGAAGACGGAAGAAGCGGCCAGAGAUAUUGCGACGGUUCGUCCCGGCGCAAAGGUUAUUGGCAUUGGAGGAUGUGAUGUCCGCAAGGUCGAGAACCUCAAAGACGCGGCUGCCAGAUGUGCGAAGGAGCUCGGCGGCAUUGACUUUGUCAUUGCCGGAGCAGCCGGUAACUUCAUUGUCUCCAUGGAAGGCAUGAGCUCCAACGCCUUCAAAGCCGUAAUGGACAUCGACGUCCUCGGUACCUUCAACACCAUCAAAGCUACUAUGCCAUACCUCCUCGAGAGCUCUGACGCACGCAUCAUCUACGUCUCCGCCACCUUCCACUACACCGGCAUGCCCAUGCAGGGCCACGUCGCCGCGGCGAAAGCAUCCGUCGACUCCCUUAUGGCCUCUGUAGCCCUGGAAUACGGACCCCGCGGCGUCACGAGCAACGUCAUUUCCCCUGGGGCCAUUGCCGAAACCGAAGGCGCUGCUCGUCUCCUGACCAGCGAUGCCGCUGCGCUCAAACAUCACUCCCGGUCUAUCCCUACGGGUCGUCUGGGAACCGUCAAGGAUAUCGCCGAUGCUACGGUGUACCUAUUUAGCUCUGCUGGUUCUCACGUAAACGGACAUGUGUUGGUUGUGGACGGUGGUUCUUGGAGAAGACAGGGUGGUGUUGCCAUGGGUGGCGAGAACCUGAAGUAUCCUGAUUUCUUGCUACCCGACGGCGUGGAGCCCAAGGUCAAGUUGUAA